AUGGCCUACAACAAAUCUUACAACCCGGAUGCGCUGCCAGCGCACGCCGAGCCCGAACAGGUCGCCCAGAUGAUAGGCUCAAUGAGCAUGGCAAACCAAAGUCAAAGCUCUAGCCAAAGCCUCAGCCAAAAGCCUCUGCCCUCACGCCCACCAGCACAAACAGGCCAUAGCGGCAUUCCACCUCGAGUCCCAGUCUCCAGCGCACCACCACAACAUGCCUACUCAACCCCGCCCCCGCGCGUCGAGUCCGCUCACUCGCACUCCUACAGCGGCCGCCCUUCUCAAGGAUCCAUCCUACCACCCCUAACACAGAGCCACGCGCAAGCCCAGCACCGCCCACAGCCUCAUCCGCUCCACCCCUCCCCACCACCGCAGAACUACGGCUUCGGCCCUCCACCAGUCCAGCCACAGCGCAACAGACCCCCGCCCCAAUCUCGCCCGCCGCAAUCGCCCGCCCCUCCACCCCUCACAGCACCAAGCAAUGACCCGCAACAACUCUACCCACUCUUCCGCGCAGCGAACGUCUCCCACUCCAGCAUGCUGACCGAGCAAGAACUCGGCUCAGCAUUGGUGAAUGGCGACUACACAUCCUUCCACCCACGCACGGUCAAGAUGAUGAUUCGCAUGUUCGACCGCGAUGGCAGCGGGACGAUAAAUUUCGACGAGUUCGUCUCGCUGUGGCGGUACCUGGCUGCGUGGCGGGAGCUGUUUGACCGAUUCGACGAGGACCGCAGUGGGCGCAUUUCUUUGACGGAGUUUGAGAAUGCGCUUGUUGCGUUUGGGUAUCGGCUUAGUCCGAAGUUUGUGGCUGUUAUUUUUGGUGUCUUUGAGAGUAAGACUAAGCAGAUGGGGGUGCAACCUAAGGAUCCUAGUCGAAAUGGGAUGAGCUUUGAUCUUUUUGUUCAGGCCUGUAUUAGUCUGAAGCGCAUGACGGAUGUGUUUAAGCGGUAUGAUGAGGAUCGGGAUGGGUAUAUUACUGUUAGUUUUGAGGAGUUUUUGACUGAAAUUCUUCAAUUGCAGGAUUAA